CUUUUCAUUUAGCUUAUAAAUCACAUUAUCACAGUAUCUCAUUCCAUUCAAUUUCAUUAUCAUUUCUCUUUCUCUCAAACUCUGAGCUAUUGUGUUCUGCGAAGGUUCGACAAUGGUGUUGUUCAACGUUUCCAGAGUGGAGACCACGCCCUUCGAUGGCCAGAAGCCUGGCACCUCUGGCCUCCGCAAGAAGGUGAAGGUUUUUGUUCAGCCUCACUACUUGGAAAACUUUGUUCAGUCAACAUUCAAUGCCCUUUCUGCAGAAAAAGUUAGAGGUGCAACACUUGUUGUAUCUGGUGAUGGCCGGUAUUACUCAAAGGAUGCUAUUCAGAUUAUAACUAAGAUGGCAGCAGCCAAUGGAGUAAGGCGUAUAUGGGUUGGUCAAAAUGGUCUACUCUCAACUCCUGCUGUGUCAGCUGUUAUACGUGAAAGAACUGGAGUGGAUGGAUCCAAGGCGUCGGGAGCAUUUAUAUUGACAGCAAGUCAUAAUCCAGGAGGUCCUAAGGAGGAUUUUGGGAUUAAAUACAACAUGGAGAAUGGUGGACCUGCUCCUGAGGGAAUCACUGACAAGAUAUAUGAGAACACGACAACAAUCAAGGAGUAUUUAAUUGCUGAUCUGCCUGAUGUUGACAUCUCUACAACAGGUGUUACAAGCUUCGCGGGACCCGAAGGACAAUUUGAUGUUGAGGUGUUUGAUUCUGCAAGUGAUUAUGUAAAAUUGAUGAAGUCAAUUUUUGAUUUUGAGUCUAUCCGAAAGCUUCUAUCAUCUCCUAAAUUUUCAUUCUGUUAUGAUGCUUUGCAUGGAGUUGCUGGGGCUUAUGCAAGCAGUAUUUUUGUGGAAGAGCUUGGCGCACAAGAGAGCUCUUUAAUAAAUUGCACACCCAAGGAAGAUUUUGGAGGAGGACAUCCAGACCCCAAUCUGACUUAUGCAAAAGAGUUGGUUGCUCGAAUGGGUUUGGGAAAAUCAGAUACUCAAGGUGAACCUCCAGAAUUUGGUGCUGCUGCUGAUGGUGAUGCAGACCGUAACAUGGUCCUUGGUAAAAGGUUUUUUGUUACUCCUUCGGACUCUGUUGCCAUAAUUGCUGCAAAUGCAGUUGAUGCUAUCCCAUACUUUUCUGCUGGUCUGAAGGGAGUUGCCAGGAGCAUGCCCACAUCUGCUGCUCUUGAUGUUGUAGCUAAGCAUUUGAAUUUGAAGUUCUUUGAGGUACCUACUGGCUGGAAAUUUUUUGGCAACUUGAUGGAUGCUGGAUUAUGUUCUGUUUGUGGUGAAGAAAGUUUUGGAACUGGUUCUGACCACAUUCGAGAGAAAGAUGGGAUCUGGGCAGUUUUGGCUUGGUUAUCUAUUCUUGCACAUAAGAAUAAGGAUAACCUUGAUGGAGGAAAGCUUGUGAGUGUUGAAGAAAUAGUUCGUCAACAUUGGGCUAAAUAUGGUCGCCAUUAUUAUACUCGAUAUGACUACGAGAAUGUGGAUGCGGGUGCAGCAAAGGAACUAAUGGCGUACUUGGUCAAGCUGCAAUCUUCCCUUCCUGAAGUGAAUGAGAUAGUGAAGAGUGCACGUUCAGAUGUUUCUAAGGUUGUCCAUGGUGAUGAAUUUGAAUACAAAGAUCCUGUUGAUGGCUCCAUUUCAAAACACCAGGGUAUUCGAUACUUGUUUGAGGACGGUUCAAGAUUGGUUUUCCGUCUCUCCGGCACUGGCUCAGAAGGUGCAACCAUCCGUCUAUACAUUGAGCAGUACGAAAAAGAUCCAUCUAAAAUUGGCAGGGACUCUCAGGAAGCACUUGGUCCUCUUGUUGAGGUUGCUCUCAAGCUUUCCAAGAUGCAGGAAUAUACUGGUCGAACUGCCCCAACUGUUAUUACAUAAAUGUGCAUUAGUUCAGCAAGUUGGAAAUUUGGAAGUUUCCUCAAAGUGCUUAUGGAGAAGGUUCUUUCUUUUCAUUUGGUUCUCCCUACUUAUCUCUAUCAUGUGCUACCAAGCUGAGCGGACACCCAGUCAGUGUUGCGUACCACAAGUGUACUGAUAUAAAUUUUUGGUUUAAAGAAAAUAAAAUAACGUGAAUGUUGUGCCCAUUUUCGUCCAUCAUUAUCUGAACUCUAGACCGAGCCCUUUUCGCUCGAUAAAUUUGAAGUUUCAAACUUUUUUCGUUU